AUGUCCGGGCGCAAGGACUUCCUGUCGCAACCUGCGCCGGAGAACUAUGUCGCCGGUCUCGGUCGUGGUGCGACAGGCUUUACAACACGAUCAGAUCUAGGCCCGGCGCGAGAAGGACCCAGCGAAGAUCAGAUCAAAGAAGCUCUUGCAAAGCGAGCAGCAGCCUUAGGAAACGCGCCGCCGACGGCGUAUGGUGUUCCCAAGAAAAAGGAUGACGAGGCCGACGACGAGCAAUUUCGGGAUGCCGAGAACGAAGAAGGCCUGUUUGCGACGGGCAACUACGACAGAGAAGACGACGAGGCCGAUCGCAUAUACCAGGCCGUCGAUGAACGGAUGGACAGGCGGCGGAAAGUCCGAAGGGAAGCGCGCGAACAAGCGGAACGUGACGACUACGAGCGAAACAACCCGAAGAUCCAACAGCAAUUUGCCGAUUUGAAGAGAGAGCUUGGGACGCUCAGUGAUGAGCAAUGGGCGGCUAUACCUGAGGUGGGCGAUUUGACCGGCAAGAACAGACGGAACAAGCAGAAUGAGAGGCAGAGGUUCUAUGCUGUCCCGGACAGUGUGUUGGCUGGGGCAAGAGAUACAGGACAGCUAGGCACCGAGAUUCAGGAUGAGGGCAUGGCGACCGAGGCACCGAGUGGCAGCGCUGAUCAGGCUGAUGGGACCAUGACGAAUUUUGCUGGAAUCGGUGCUGCGAGGAACAGAGUCAUGCAGGUCCGCCUUGAUGCGGCGGCUCAGGCACAGACCAGCGGUACGGAUUCAGUUGCAGGCACGGCCACAAACAUCGACCAGAAAGGCUAUUUGACCAGCCUGGACAAGUCAGAGCUCAUGGCUGGCGAGACUAACCUGGGAGAUGUCAAGCGUGCGCGAGUACUGCUCGAGUCGGUGAUCAAACGCAAUCCUCGACAUGGACCAGGCUGGAUUGCAGCAGCGCGACUUGAGGAAUUUGCAGGCAAGAUACAAGCUGCGCAGAAUGUCAUCAGGCGUGGCACAGAAAUGUGUCCGAAGAGCGAAGACGUAUGGUCCGAGGCAAUACGGCUCAGUCAAUCGCAUGGCAACAACCACAAUGCCAAGAUUCUGGCUGCGAAGGCUAUCGAGAGCAAUAACAAGAGCGUCAAGUUGUGGAUCGAAGCCAUGCAUCUCGAACAGCUCCCUGCUGCGAAGAAGCGUGUCUUGCGCAAAGCCCUCGAUCAUGUUCCGCAGUCCGUCGCUAUUUGGAAGGAGGCUGUCAAUCUAGAGGACGAUCCAAGCGAUGCCAAGCUGCUACUCGCCAAGGCCACCGAGAUCAUCCCACUAUCCGUCGAACUAUGGCUUGCACUCGCCCGCCUAGAGACUCCAGAACAAGCUCAAAUCGUGCUCAACAAAGCACGAAAAGCUGUGCCUGCGAGCUACGAAAUCUGGAUUGCUGCGUGUCGGCUACAAGAACAGACUGGAAAUACUCAGAUGGUGUCUAGGGUCAUGGAACGUGGUAUCAAGGCUCUCGCACGAGAAUCUGCCAUGCUGAAACGGGAGGAGUGGAUUACCCAAGCUGAGACGUGCGAGGAGGAGGGCGCGCCUUUGACUUGCCAAGCCAUUAUCAAGGAAACGCUGGGCUGGGGUCUGGACGAAGACGAUGAUAGCAAGCAGAUCUGGCUGGAUGAUGCCAAGGCUAGUACGAAUCGCGGUAGGUAUGAGACUGCUCGGGCUAUCUUUGCUUAUGCUAUUCGUGUCUUCUACAAUCGAAAGAGCGUUUGGCUAGCAGCUGCGGACCUCGAGAGGCAGCAUGGCUCGAAACAAGCACUGUGGGAUUUACUGGGCGAGGCAGUGAAAAGCUGUCCAACGAGCGAAGUCUUGUGGAUGCAGCUUGCUCGUGAGAAGUGGCAAGCAGGUGAAGUGGACGAAGCAAGACGUGUACUCGGUCUUGCUUUCCAGCAGAACCCAGGCAACGAAGAUAUCUGGCUGGCAGCUGUCAAGCUCGAAGCAGAUAAUGGCGAGACGGAAAAAGCUCGUGAACUAUUGUCAGCUGCGAGAAGUGAAGCCGGCACAGACCGAGUCUGGAUCAAGAGCGCCGCUUUCGAAAGCCAGAUCAAGAAGGACUCGGACGAUGCACUAUCCCUCGUCAACGACGGUCUAAACAUCUACCCCAAAGCCGCCAAACUCUGGAUGAUGAAAGGUCAAAUCUACGAAGCCAAGAACAUGCUCCCCCAAGCCCGCGAAGCCUACAACACCGGCACCCGCGCCUGUCCGCGCUCCGUGCCCCUCUGGCUCCUCGCCAGCCGACUAGAAGAGAAAAUGGGUGUCCUGGUCAAAGCCCGCUCGAUCCUCGACCGCGGCCGCCUGGCCGUCCCCAAGAACCCGGAACUCUGGACCGAGAGUGUGAGGCUGGAAUACCGCGCCAAGAACAUGGCGGCCGCCAACCAAAAAAUGGCCCAAGCCAUGCAAGAAUGUCCCACCUCGGGUUUGGUCUGGAGUGAAAGAAUCUGGCACCUCGAGGCCCGCACCCAGCGCAAAGCCCGCAUCCUCGAAGCCAUCCAGAAAGCCGACAAUGAUCCCGUCCUCUUCGUCAUCGCGGCACGGAUCUUCUGGGGCGAGCGGAAAUUGGAUAAGGCGGAUUCUUGGUUCGCGAAGGCUGCCGUCUUGGAUCCGGAUUAUGGGGAUACGUGGGCUUGGUGGUAUAAGUUUUUGCUGCAGCAUGGGGAGCAGGCGAAGAGGGAGGAGGUGGUGGGGAAGUGUGUGGUGUGUGAGCCGAAGCAUGGGGAGGUUUGGGCUGGGGUGAGGAAGGCGCCGGAGAACGCGGGCAAGGGGGUUGAGGAGAUUUUGAAGAUGGUUGCUAAGGAGUUGGAGUGA